CUGACAGCGGCCUUAUACGCCGUUGAACACACGCCCCUCGAUGCCCCGCUAUGCCUUCUGAGUACCAAUAACGUACUCACCGAUUUGAUUUUCAAACGGGCCCCUAUGUGGGAAACCCGGGGAUGGAUAGAUAUCCCACUCGCUGCACACUUGCGACCGCUCCUGAACCACCUUCGUCAGAGGUGUGCAGUCACCACCUUUGGGAAGGUGACAGGCGAGGAUACCUGGCAAGUCCUAGAACGAGCUCGACAGGAGGCCUCCACCUCGCCACCGCAGACCUUUCUCGUGUCCAGAGCCCCGACACGAGAGCUCGAUCCACGCUUUGAGCUAACGGGAGCCAGGCUAGACUGCCUGACGCAGGCGCUCGCGUACAGCGGUAUCAUGGAACGGAAGCAAACAGCCUCCAGACGAGCCACAACUGCGAACCUGGAAAUGGUACGACGCCACUUACCGGCAGACACCCCGAUACCGAAUGAACUAAUCUGGGUGAGCACUCGGCAUAGAGACUUCACCCGGCCUUUCGCCGUGUUCCUGUGGAAAGUCAUGCAUGGAGGUCUCAAAUGCGGGCCCUAUUGGAGCAAGAUCCCAGACUACGAAUACCGGGCGCAGUGUGGUCACUGCGGUGCCCUGGAGACCAUACAGCAUAUUCUUUUUGAAUGCCAAGCCAUAGGCCAGUCGCUUGUUUGGUCGAAGGUACGGACAGUCUGGGAGAAGAAAAUACCCGCCCUGCCCUGGCCCGACUUGUCCAUGGCAUGGGUGCUCUCCCUCGGCCUAACAAAGUGGGAGACGGAAGCGGAACGCGGGCGCCCCGGAGCCACGAGGUUGUGGCGGAUACUGGUGUCUGAGGCAGUCCACCUAAUCUGGAAGCUGCGUUGUGAACGAGUGAUAGGUCAUGCCGGAGAAGACAGGUGGGAACACCGAACUGCGGGAGUGAGCAAUAAGCUGCAAUACGUGUUGAACGGCCGGCUGGCUUUAGACAUCGAGUCCACACGGAGGAAAUACGCAAAUUCUGUGUCAAAACGAGACCUGAUACACGCUACGUGGAAUGGAGUACUGUGGGAUGAACCUGCGCUCCCGGAUGAUUGGAUG